AUGGCGGACGAUGGUGCCUCUCCUCGUGAGCUGGUGGUGGAAGCGUGUCGGCGGGACCAGCCCCAUCUGAUCGAACAAGUCCUCGACGGCUUGGAGGGGAAAUCAAACGAACAAGUGGCGGGGUUCUUCAACGGCGUGACGGACCCGUUAGGGAACCACGCCCUGCACAUCUGUGCGACAUACGGAAGCUACGACACCAUGGAUUCUCUCUUCGACAUCCAAUAUUUCGAAUGUGACCCUCUCACUCGCCUCGAUAAAGACACCCCUCUCCACGUCGCCGUGCGCUUCGCCAACGAGAAGGACUCCGAACUAGGCCUGGAAAUGAUCAAUAUGAUGUGCGAAGCCGGAUGCGACCCGCGGGUCCGAAACAAGCACGGACAGAAGCCCGCCGACCUUGUGUACAACAACCAGGAGAUCAAGUCGGCCCUACAGCGGGCUGAAUACGUCCUCGCCGAGGGUCUGAGAGAAGGCACGGACAACGGCUCUGCUCAUGGCAGUGCCAGUGACAGCGAGUAA